AUGAAGUGCACGGGGCUGUGUCUAAAGUGGGAGCAAUGUGCGGAGCUUCGUGAACGCUUGCGUACGACCAAAGAGCUUUUGGUUGAUCACAAGGAUGGUCCCAUUUGCCUACCAAAUAGGCCAAAUGCAGUGGCCAAUGCUAUGGUUCUUUCCCCAGUGCUUUCGGAGCUUGCCAACACAAGCAGGUUUCGUUUGCCACACUUGGAUGAUUUGAGCGUAGAAGUUACUUCAUUGUUCGAAAAGUGUGGCCUGUCGCUGGGAAGCAAAGCCAUCUACAAGAGCUCUGUGGAAAUCAAGAAGCUGGCAGGCUUUGUGAAGCGGAGGUGUGCUCGCAAGGAAGAAACCAUUGAAACGUACAUGGCAUCCAAGAAAUCCUCAACUUCGUCCGCUUCCAAAGAUUCUCCUGAUGAAGAUGAUGUUGAUGACAACAGUGCUGAUGAUGAUGAUGAUGAUGAUGAAGAUGAGUCGAAGAAGAAAGAAGGGUUUGAAGAGUUCAAGCAGUGGUUGGAUGCCAUCACACCAACAACCCUCGCUACACCACCAGCAAGUAAGCCUUCCCCUCCAAGUUGCCCUGGCCCUGAUGCAUUGGAGAGCAUCUUGGUAGUACAGCGAGGGCAAAGCCCAUGCCAACCAGUGCCUGUGGCGAGUGAUCAUGAUGAAACGCAGCCCAUGUGCGAUAUGGCCACUGCCAGUGUGACUUUUGAUUUGACUAUGCCCGUGGAUGGUGAUGACCUGGUGGAACCAGAACAGGAGGAUGGAGAUGAUCCUGCUGCUGGCGCCAAGGCUGCAGUGCUGACCCGUCGUCAGCAACUACAAGCCAAAGAGAGCAAAGAACAAAAGAGACAGGCAGAGCAGAAAGCCAAGAAGGAAGCGAAGAACAAGAAGAGUGAAGAGAAGGUUAAACAAGGACAGGAUGAGGAACCAGAGAACCUUCCUGUCAAGAGGAAGCGUGGCCAGAAGAAAGAGGAAGCUGAUGCUGAGUGCAGUGGUGAGAAGGGUGAUGGAGAGGAGGUGCCCAAGAAACGGGGCAGGGCAAAGGCUCAACCCAAGGAAAAGGCUCAGCCAAAGGAAGAAGAACCGGGCCAAAUGGCCAAACCCAAAGCAGAGCCCAAAGGCAAAGGCAGGAAAGCCAAGGAUUUGCCGGAGACCAAGGAAGAACCAGAGAUCAAACCAAAAGCCAAGGCAAAGGCCAAGGCACAAGCCCAGGAAACUGAAAAUGACAAGAGCAGUGCUGAGCCGAAAAGGAAAGCAAAGGCUAAGGCAAAGGCCAAAGCCAAGGCUGAGUCUCAGGAAAAAAAUGUGCCUGAGGCGGAGGAGGGUCAAGAUGAUGAUCUCAAGCCCAGGAAGCUCUUUGAAUCUGAUGGUGAAGCUGAGGCAGAGAGCCCGCAUGAGCGUGUAGAUUCCAAGACUGGUGAGGUGAAGCCACUUGCCCAAAUCUUGGAAGAGCAUGAGCCUCGUAAGGCCCGAAGGGCUGCAGGCCAGACGAAGAGCUUGCGUGAGGCAUCAGCUGCUUCUGUGAAUGAUGAAGAAGUGGCCAAGCCCAAGGGCAAGGGUAAGAGAUGUGCUUCAAAGCAGCAAGACCUUUCUCCUUUUGCAAAGAAGGAGGCCAAACGCCGCAAGAAGGCUGAGCAAAAUGUCAUGCAUGAGGAGGUUAAGGAAGAUCUUGCGCUACAGGGCAUUGUGAUUCAGCACAUCAAGAACUCGGCCCAGAUGCCUUUGGAUGAGCUCAAAGGGUAUCUGAAGACCAAGGUUGCCAGCGAGUUUGAACGGUCCAAGCUUGAUACAUACUGGACCAGACCAGCCUGUGGAGUGAAAUGCCCAGAGCUACAGCCCAAGAAUGAGGGGGGUGACAAGAAGGCAGCAAAGAAGGCGGCACAACAGGGCCCACAGGUUGCCUACUUCGGAAAGUGUGGCACGGCCAAGACAUGGAAUGCCAAUCUGGUCUGUUGCUAUGCUUCUUGGAUGGAGAAGGUUCCGCACGAGAUGCUUUUGGACUAUGAGGACCCCUUGAGCGCAGUUCAGGGCCAGAUGUCAUUUAUCAAAUACAAUAUCAAUGUGGCGGCCUCCCAGGCCAGACUGCUCCAGAUGCCACAAUGCCUCAUCUUCGAGGCAACAAGUGGGCAGUCAAGCUGGGAUUGCUCCCAGAUGACACAUGUGCUCUUGCCUGUUUAUGGGGACUGCUUUGGCUGUCAUAUUGAGAGGAGAUUGGGAGAAUGGGUGGCUGUCGCUUUUUGCAUUGAAGUGUUCUUCGUGGACAUCUGUAAACUCGGGGACAUCGGGUCGAUCAGUGUGUUCUUCAAUUGGGAACACUCAAUAUUUGAGUGUCCAAGAUGGCAAUUCUCUUGGCAGUAG